AUGGAUGCAUCACAGCGACCAGAUAUCAAUGAGUUGCUCACUCAAGGGUUCUUUACAACUUCAAGAGCAAAAAGUCCGAGUAAAUCGAGGUACGACGGCCUUGUACUUAGCCUGUCUUGACGUGUCCGCUAACAAGUCUUUAGCUUCGAACCACCCUCGAGACCGGGCCCGUCCCCAUCAUACUUGUAUGCGAAACAUGAACCGACGUAUGAGCGAAGUGGUAGCCGGGGUCGCAGAAGGCAACCUCCUCGGCCAUUUGUGGAGGAUGAAGUGGUCUCGUUAGCUAGGGAAACAUUGGCGUCCUCGACACCACCGUCAUACGACCCCCCACUUCGAGGGAUCAUUGAUCAAAUCCCCAUCAUACUCGAGGCAGAUGUAACAAAGACCGAGGCUGCAAGGCUCCAGACGGAUUCUGUAUGUAAGGAAAUAGAUAAGGAAGAAAAUACAGAACGGCGGUUUGUCGUUGUACCUAAAUCCAACACACAGUCUUCCGGUUCGUCCGAGGAUGAUAGAAGGCACAGGAAAGAAUCGAGGAGGAAGGAUACUAGUAGAGCCGCAAAUACCGAUGAUCGAAAGCGACGAGAUGAGAGGAAGAAAUCUAGGUCCCCGCCGCCUCUGGAGAGACGAAGGAGUAGACAAGAUCUGCCUUCUCUUCAGACAAAGCUCCCCAGAAGUAUUCCUCCACCAUACAGAAGAAGUGCUUCCUCAUUUGCAAAAUCCCCCAAUGACAAUGAAGUCACGCCGAAAGCGACAGCUGCUCCUACAAAGGCUUCCGGCGGGGAAUACUUUCUAUCUCCAGAUAUGCUGAGAAGGAGAGAUUGUGAGAGUAGGAAGGAUUGUGUAAGCUCAUCUGCAUCUGUACCUCGAUAUGCGACUUCAGAGGGCUAUGGUAGUAGAAAUGGUUCCACAUCUGGCUAUCGAUCGCCUUCUUAUUCAGGAACUCCUAUUACUGACCCACGAGAUUCUCGCCCUCCGGAUUCUCCUCGCUCACGAAGGAAUACAAAUGAGGGAAAACCAAGGCCCAGGAACUUACCGAAGGAAUAUGCGUCGGGAAAGAUGGAAAGGCGUAAUUCGAAUUACUCGAAUUAUUCAAAACGAUCCACCGAAGACUCAACAAAGUCGAAUCGACCUAAUGUUUAUUACACAAGCAGUGACGACGAGCUGGCAGAUAGUGAUUCUGAUGAAGAGAUGAAGCGAAGACAGGUGGAAAGCCAAAGGAAAAGAAUGCCGAUGGAACGUCAUAACUCUUCAAAAUCAAACAGGUCUUCGUAUGAUGGAAAAGGUUCUUCUACAAUCAAAUCACCGAAGGUAUCUCCAAAACAGGUACCGAUAGCGGAUGAUCUAGAAAGGACUCAAACUUUCCCACGAUCAUUCAGCAAAAGACCAAGCUCAAGACCUGUAUCUCCACACUCAGCAAUCCAGUUAACACCAACAGGCGACAAAUUGAAUUCUUUUGAUACAUUCCCAACUCGAUCAGCCUCAGUGAAGGCGUCCUCAAAUACGCCGAAGCAGCAAUUUACCCCUUACCCGACUACUUCAACAAUGCCAAUUCCCAUUCCCGUGAAAGUCAAUCUCCAGUCUUCAGGCGAAACUCAAAAGUCACCCUCAACCACUUAUCAAGAAGACAAAUUUAACCCAAAGCCGUCAUGGCAGCCAGGAUCUUUCCAGCCACCUCAGAAUCUGGAAAAGCCUGUUGGGUCUUAUCGCCGAUUUUCGGAAGAUGUCGAAAAAGGUAGCAUAGCUCCUCUACCUGCUUGCCCGCGAAUGUCACACACCCGCGGCUGCAACGAUUGGCUGACUCUACCGAAUUGUCCCUCUUUCAACAUUUGUCCGUCAUGUUAUCAAGCUAUAAUUGCUCGUACUGAAUUUGCUCGCCAUUUCGUGGCAGCUGCUCCGAGACCACCGGAUGCUUCCGUUCAAUGUGACUUUGGCAGCUCUCCAUGGUAUCGUAUUGCGUGGCUCCUAACUCUGAAGGAAAAGAGGAGAGAUCUUCAGCUGUUCUAUGGGCUAGCAGAUGUUGCUGCGAGCGAGCCACCAUGUCUCGGGAAGCAGGAAGGCAUCAGAAAAUGGCACUCAAUAAUCGAUCACAAGACCGGAGCUCCAGUCUAUAACUUUGAUGUAUGUUAUAACUGCGUCCGGAGCAUUGAGACGUUGCUCCCAGUCAUGAAAGGAGCCUUAAUUCGAAAUGACAAAAAUGGAGGGUCCCUUCGAAUAUGCGAUCUCAGCGUUGACAGCAAGCGUUUUGUGAAAUACUUUGACGCCCUGGAAGUCACAGCCGACCGAGCAAAUCGCUACGAUGAAGAACCCGAUCUCCGAGACCUCGCGAGUCUCGCAAGACGCUUUGGAAGGUUCUCCGAGUGUGAGAAAGACAAAGACCGAAUCGACAAGAAAUGGUACAUGAUCACCCAACUCCCCGAGUUCACCGUUUGCGAGGAAUGUUACGAGGAAGUCGUCUGGCCGGAAGUCGAUGAGAGGAAGGCUAUCCCGUUGAUGUUCCAGAAGAAUAUGGUGAGAUUGCCCGUUGGGUCUUGUCAGCUCUACUCGCCCAAGAUGAGGGGUAUCCAUCGCAUUGCGGUGACUGCGGAUGACUAUAAGUUAUUGGCUAGUAAGGUGAGGGAGCGGAAGAUGGUGGAGAAGGCGUAUAAGGCCAAUGUUGCGGAGGUUAGGAGGCAGGCGGUGUUGAAUCCUGCGGCUGCGGGUCAGGAGUUGAGGAGGUUGGAGGAGGAGUGGAGGAGGUGGGAGUGAGGGUUUUUUGCUUUGCGGCUUUGUAAAAUGGAAUGCGUUGGGAUAUAGGGGUGGGGGUGUUUGUAGGUUUUGGAUAUGUAGUUGAUGAUGGGAUUAUGGGAUGAAAAUGAAUGCAAUGAUAUCAUAUAAUGUGUUUAGGUAUGCUUUCUUAGGAUUUGGGAAUUAGGCUAGUCACGUAGGCACUCUGGUAGGCAGGUAGUCAAUAUAUGAAGGCGAG